CUAAUUCCAAAGACGAAUUUUUUUAUUCCUUGUAACAUAAUAAUCAAUUAUAAUAAUAUAACUUAAUAAUUUAAUAAUAAUUAUAAUAAUAAUGUUGUUUAAUGUGAUAAGAUAUUUUAAAAAAGAUUAUAGGGAAGCUUCGUUUAGAUUUAUUGUUGCUUUGAUAUUCAUAGGUAUUAUUUUAGGAAUAUCAAUGAACAAGAUACUUAUAGCAUUUGGAAUAAGAAAGUCCGAACCAUUAGUAACUUUACAAAUUAGUAAUUUAACAACUAUACCGGUAUGGUCAUCGUUUAUAUGUGGUCAAGGUUUUGCUGGUGCUACAGCUCAAAUUUUAAAAAGAGGUAUACCAGGUAAAACUGCAGAUAUAGCGACCGAUUUACCUCAAAGUUCAAUUCAAAGAACUACUACAGAUAUUUUAACUACUGGUGAUUGGACCAAUCAAUCUGGUUCUUGGCCUUGUUUCAUAUUUAAUCCAGGAAAAAAUAUGUUCUUUAACCCCGGUGAAAUUGAUCAAAUCAUUAUAUUAGGUUUGGUUGGUCAAGAACCUACUCCAACACCAUCUGGUUUAUUAUUUGGUGUAUUUAAUAAUGAAAGAGGUAUAUCUUCUGUUGACCCUUUUGUUAGUCCUGUUCCUUCUAUUAAUACUUAUACUUUUACGAGUUAUGAAAGAAUUGAUGUUUCAAAUAUUCCUCAUUCUUACUUUUUUGUUAAUAAACAAAAUACUAUUACAACGUCUUUCGAGAAUAAACAAUUAGCUGCAAAAUUUGCAUAUUCUCCUGAUACAUAUUUGGUACAAAAAUAUACGGAAAAGGUUCAAUAUACGCCAUAUGAUUUAAUUUCUAAUGUUGGUGGUUUGACGACUUAUGCUUUGGCGGUCUGGUUUAUUUUAUUUGGGAGAGGAAAGUACCGUUCAUGGGGUUUGAUUCAAAGAUACGUUUUACGUAAUUCUCCAGAUGCGAGAAAAAAAGAUCAUAGUAAUACUUUAUUACCUUUUACAAAUGAAAAAUCUCAAGAUAUUGAUAAUAAUAGUACAAUUGUUAGUUCAAAAAAUUUUGAUGAUGAAGAUCGACCUUCUUCAGCAUUUUAUUUUUCAACUUCAGGAACUCCAACACAAUCUAGAUUUACAAAUUCAUUAUCUCCAAAUACUAUUACACCACAAUCAUAUUAUUCAUCAAAGGAAUUAAAUAAAAGAAUUGAAGCUAAAAUCAAUCAAAAACUUUGGUUUGUAGAACAAACUUUAAAUCGUCAUUACCUUUCCGGAUUUAAAUUACGUAGAUAUGAUGUUGAUUUAAAAAAAUUGGGAUUUGAUACUUCAUAUGAUGAUGAUAAUAAUGAAAAAGUAGCUUUAACUCCACCAACAAUUCAUCAUAAUUGGAAUAAUUUUGAUUCAAAUGUUCAAAACAAUCAUAAGAGUAUUCAAAUUCCUCAUUCCUUAACUCCUGGUAAUAAAAGUAGUAAAGAUAAUUUAAAUCCCGAAGAACAAAGAGCCCAAUAUCCAAAUGUGGCAAUAGGACAAGUUCCUUUGGAGAAGAAACAAAGAGGAAGGAAUAGUGGAGCAGGAAGUGGAAAUUAUCAACAAUUUGUUAAUACGUCUACAAAUGUUUCAACCGGAGUUGCUACAACAUCACCAUCAUCAUAUUAUGGUCAAAUACCCCAAAUUGAUAAUGUGAACAGUAAUGUGAAUGUGAACAAUAAUUCAACAAUAUUAUCACUUCCACCAUUGCUACAAAGUGGUGGUCCACCACAGGGAGAUACACCGCAAGGAGGUGCACCACAAAGUCCACCACCACCACAAGGUGCAUCACAAGGUCCGCCACAUCUUUCACCAUAAAAAUCCGGAAUAAUCUUGGGUGGUUUGGAUAUUAUUAUUGGGGUAUAUUAAGUUAUU